AGCCCAAGCCCUCUUCUCUCGUUUCCUGUCUAUUCGCCUCUUCGGCCUCCUCGCUCUUUCCCCCACCCAACGAUCUGCCCUUCUGCCCUCGGCGCCUCACCCCCCAUGAGCCUCGCCGAGUCGCCGUCGCCGUCCCCGUCCCCGUCCCCGUCGUCGUCGAGCGGCAGCGACGACUUCGCCGCGCUCCUCGACUCGGAGCUCGAGCUCGCCUCCGCCGCGGACUCCGCCUCCCCCGGCAACCCCUCCGCUUCGCCCACCACCGACGAUGAGGACGGAGAGGAGGAUUCGGAGGGGGAGGAUGAGUUCGAGGAGGAUGUCAAAGCUGAAGUCCUCGAACAGAACGGUGUCAAAAGGCGUCGAGUGGAGGAACAACACCAAGAUCAAGGACCAUCAGUUAGGCCUGAGAAAAUUGCCACUGCAGGUUCAUCUAAAAAUGUUCCAGUUGGGGUAUGUCCACAUCCUGGAUAUUUUGGUGGACUUUGCUUUAGAUGUGGGAAGCCACAAGAUGAAGAAGAUGUUUCAGGAGUUGCUUUUGGUUACAUCCACAAGGGAUUGAGGCUAGGUACUUCCGAAAUCGACAGACUACGUGGCACUGAUUUGAAGAAUCUGCUGCGGGAAAGAAAACUAGUGCUUAUUUUAGACUUGGAUCAUACACUGAUUAACUCAACCAAACUCCAUGAUAUUUCUGCUGCUGAAAAUGACUUGGGUAUUCAAGCUGCUGCAUCAAAAGAUGAUCCCAACAGAAGCAUCUUCACAUUAGGCUCAAUGCAGAUGCUCACAAAGUUGAGACCCUUUGUCCAAAAAUUUCUAAAAGAAGCAAGCAAUAUGUUUGAGAUGUAUAUAUAUACCAUGGGUGAGAAAGCUUAUGCAAUUGAAAUCGCGAAACUUCUUGACCCUGGGAACGUCUAUUUUUCUUCAAAAGUGAUUUCAAACUCGGAUUGCACUCAGCGACACCAGAAAGGUCUUGAUGUGGUUCUUGGAGCUGAAAGUGUUGCAGUGAUUCUUGAUGAUACUGAGUAUGUCUGGCAGAAGCAUAAAGAAAAUCUGAUUCUAAUGGAGAGAUAUCAUUACUUUGCUUCAAGCUGCCGCCAAUUUGGUUUUGGUGUUAGAUCCUUGUCAGAGUCGAUCCAAGAUGAAAGGGAGAGUGAUGGUGCUUUGGCUACCAUUUUAGAUGUCUUGAAGCGCAUACACACUAUUUUCUUUGACUCGGCUGUUGAAACUGAUCUUUCUUCACGGGAUGUGAGACAGGUGAUUAAGACGGUACGGAAGGAAGUACUGCAAGGCUGCAAGUUAGUCUUCAGUCGGGUGUUCCCAAACACUACUCGCCCACACGAUCAGAUGAUCUGGAAAAUGGCCGAGCAGUUGGGUGCUGUUUGCUGCGCAGACGUGGAUUCCACCAUCACCCACGUUGUCGCCUUGGGGUCGAGGACUGAUAAGGCCCACUGGGCUAAAUGUAACGAGAAGUUUUUGGUCCACCCCCGCUGGAUUGAAGCCGCGAAUUUCCGAUGGCACCGGCAACCGGAGGAAGAUUUUCCUGUAGCUGCCCCCAAGGAAAAGAGUACGGAUAAAGAAAAUGAUGUAGCUGUCCAGAAGGAAAAGGGCGAGGCUGAUGAAAACGCUGUUGCCACUGCUACAGAUCAAACUGACUCAUAACUAUGUAGGGCUCGAAAGGCUUGACUGACGUGUAGCUGCAACUAUUUAUCUUAGGAUGGGGGAUGGAAAGUUAGCUUUUGGGUAUCGUUUCUUGCAGGUUCUGAUGUUAGAUCUGGUCCAUGUGAAAUUUUGCAUCUGUUUUAAUGCUCAUUGGCCAACAGCCAUCUAAAUUAAGGUGACGAACAUUUCGGGAGUUAAAAGUGAUUGGAUAUGGUUAUGGCAGAACUCAUUUACGUUAAGCUGUGCGGUUAUGCAUGUAAACGUAUUGUAGCUGGGUGCUGGCAUUGGAUCAAACUACAGUGCCUUUUCUUUA